GUCACUCCCGAUUUCUCUUAUAUAAUAACUCCUCCCACUAAAGCCCAUUCUUAAACGCUUCUCAUACUUCUUCUUCUUUCAACAAAAUAGACUGACAAAAGCCUCUGGCUCGGACAGAGACAAAGAAACAUCACAAAACAGAGCAAGAACAAUGGCUACCACGCAAGUACUUGUCCUCUUUGCUUUAGCAUUACUCCUAACAAUGCUCUUUGCUGGCGUCGAUUCCACCAGGUCCAAUGAAACAUGGCAUGAACAUGCAGUUGAGAAUCCAGACGAAGUAGCUGCCAUGGUGGACAUGACCAUUCGGAACAGUACCGUGCGGAGAAGGUUAGGUUACUUCUCUUGCUCCACCGGGAAUCCCAUCGACGAUUGCUGGCGUUGUGAUCGGAAAUGGCAACUCCGGCGUAAACACCUCGCCACCUGCUCAAUCGGUUUCGGACGCAACGCAAUAGGCGGCAGAGACGGACGUUACUACGUAGUAAGCGACCCUAACGACGAUAACCCGGUUAACCCUAAACCGGGUACACUCCGUCACGCCGUGAUCCAAGAAGAGCCUCUCUGGAUCGUCUUCAAACGCGACAUGGUCAUAACACUGAAGCAAGAACUCAUCAUGAACAGCUUCAAGACGAUAGAUGGUCGUGGCGUCAACGUCCACAUAGCUAACGGUGCAUGCAUCACGAUACAAUACGUGACGAACAUUAUCAUACAUGGGAUACAUAUUCAUGACUGUAAACCUACUGGUAACGCUAUGGUGAGAAGCUCUCCGUCACAUUAUGGGUGGAGGACGAUGGCUGAUGGUGAUGGGAUCUCGAUCUUUGGGUCGAGUCAUAUUUGGAUUGAUCACAACUCGCUCUCUAGUUGCGCUGAUGGGCUUAUUGAUACUAACUACUUUACGCACCAUAACGAGGUUAUGUUGUUGGGGCAUAGUGAUACUUACACAAGGGACAAGGUGAUGCAGGUUACUAUUGCUUAUAACCAUUUUGGUAGAGGUCUUAUUCAGAGGAUGCCAAGGUGUAGGCAUGGAUACUUCCAUGUAGUGAACAAUGACUACACACACUGGGAGAUGUAUGCAAUUGGUGGCAGUGCUAGUCCCACCAUCAAUAGCCAAGGAAACAGAUAUCUUGCUCCGAGAAACCGGUUUGCUAAAGAGGUGACAAAGAGAGACUAUGCAGGGCACUGGCAAUGGAAGCAUUGGAACUGGAGAUCAGAAGGAGACCUUUUUCUAAACGGUGCUUUCUUCACACGUUCUGGAUCAGGACGUGGAGCCAGCUACGCUAGAGCUUCAAGUUUGGCAGCCAAAUCGUCAUCCCUUGUUGGCGUCAUUACCUCUAAUGCUGGUGCUCUUAAUUGCAGAGGUGGUCGCCGGUGUUAAUACUUGCUCAUUAGUCUUCUUUUGGGUUCUUGCAUUUUAUACAUGGCAAUCGCACUAUUGGAGUGUUGAGGCUUCAUUUAAAAACUGCCUCAACUGUAGUAUAAAAGUUGUAUGAUUACAUUCUUGUUUAACCACUCUCUUAUAUUUGAUGUAUCUAUAAAGGCAAACAAAAGUUGGGACUCCU